GACCUAUAAAAAUGCAUGUUCACGCCCUGGGGGGGUUCCUUCUUCGACCUCCUGCGUGAGGACCAAGGAACCCCGGUGCACCGGCCUUCAAUAAACCUCUUGCGUUUUGCAUCAGCUUCCGACUCUUGUUUCCUGGGCGAGUCGAAACUCCUAGGAGACCGCGAAGGUCUAACAUUUGGGGGCUCGUCCGGGAUUCCACUCGCCCCGGACCACAAGAACAUCGGGAGUUGGAGGUACCAGCCCACAUGGGAUGAUUGUCAGCAGCUGCUUCAGACUCUCCUAACGACUGAGGAGAGGCAACGGGUUCUUUUAGAAGCCAAAAAAAAUGUAUUAGGCGCCAAUGGGCAACCUACCCAGCUGCCUAACGAGAUUGAUGCUGGUUUCCCACUCGUCAGGCCAAACUGGGAUUUCAAUGCCCCGGAAGGUAGGGAGCGCCUGAAAAUGUAUCGCCAGGCUCUGGUGGCGGGUCUCCAUGGAGCGGCCAGACGGCCCACUAAUUUGGCUAAGGUAAGGGAAGUCACUCAGGGGCCCCAGGAAUCUCCAACUGUGUUCCUGGAACGUUUAAUGGAAGCCUUUAGAUGCUUUACCCCUUAUGAUCCAACUUCGCAGGAACAUAGGGCUACUAUAGCAAUGGCUUUCAUAGAUCAAGCGGCCCCUGAUAUUAAGAAGAAAUUACAGAGGCUAGAUGGCUUGCAGGGAUUUUCGCUUCAGGAGUUAGUAAAAGAGGCAGAUAAAGUAUAUAACAAAAGAGAAACAGAGGAAGAGAAGGAAGAAAAAAAGCAGAAAGAGCAGGAAGCCCGUGAAAUAAGACGGGAUAAGAGACAGGAGAGGAAUUUAAGUAAGAUACUGGCCACUGUGGUUGGAGGAAGAAAUAUAGGGGAUAGAAAUAGGCAGGAAGGGCGAACGGCAGACAGAAGGCGGCCAUUAGACAAGGACCAAUGUGCCUACUGUAAAGAAAUAGGACAUUGGGCGAGAGAAUGCCCUAAGAAAAAGAAUGGAGGAAGGCCAACCAGAAACAAAAUCUUAACAUUGGAAGAAGAAGACUAGGAAAGUCAGGGCUCGAACCCUCUCCCCGAGCCCCGGGUAACUCUUAAAGUGGAGGGG